AUGGCUGGCGUGGAGUUUUUAUCCUUGGUAAUGGUGGUGGCGAUGGUCUACGGCGUCAGAGUUGGUGGAUAUCAAGCAAUUGUGAUGACACUGGAGAGCGCGUUUCCAGCCAACAAGAGAAUAGAUCUGAAGGUGCUCAGAUCUUGGGACAAAGCAAGGCAUGCGUGUAUCUUGCAAGGUGUUGUUGGUGGUAUUGUUGAUUUUCCGGCAGUUGGUUCUACCAAUCCCUACAUCGUUAGGAAGAUAAUGGGUCUUAUUGUUAUUGAGAGUGAUCAAAAACAAGAUAUUGUGGGCUUUCACUGA